AUGGUGGUAAUCGUUGCGCUUUUAACUGCAAUUAUGCAGUGGAAAAAGCCAGAUGAUAAAGAAAAUGAAAUUGGUUUAAAAAGUGAACAUUUGCAGUCGUCAUUGUCGCUACCAGAGGAAUUGUACUCCAAUAAAAUUUCAAGCACAAACAUGACAAGCAUUUACGAUAACUCUGAUAUUAUAAAUUUAAAUGCACCUCCGCGGCUGCAGGAAAGGUUAUUGGAAGAAUCAAUGGAAUCUCGUUUUCUACUAACACGGAAGUUGUUAACUGAACCAAAUGACACUCCUGUAAGACUGAAAGAGAAAUUAUUGGAAGAAAGUAUCAAUGCUCCAAGAAGUUUGAAAGAGAAAUUGUUAGAAGAUUCUCCUGACGCACCUAUCCGGUUAAGAGAAAAAUUCUUGGAAGAGCGUAAGAGGCCGCAGAAAGGCUCAGAACAUCAAGAACAGCCAGUUAAGCAAGAACCGGAUGAAGUUACAGAAUUUCGUUAG